AUGCCGGAUCCUACUCCAGGGGAUAUGACCAUCCGUGUCACCCUCGAGUCGCCGAACGUGUCCUUCGACUACACGAUCCCAAGUCACCCAUGGCAAGUUGACCGUCAGCUCCUUCCCGAGGAUACAUUCUUCUUCAGCAUGGAAGGAUUUUACCCUCUUGCUCCGGUCUCCAAGCAAGCUCCACUGGAAACCCGUAUCCACCGCCUGUGGGCAAGCUAUCGUGCUGCCGCUAUCGAAAAGGGAUUCACAGUUGAAGAAGCAGAACCCAACUGCGACAAGGAUCUCAUUAAGGCCAAGAGAGCCAGAUGUCGAAUCCUGAUGGGCGGGCGGAGCGCUCGGGCAGACCGUCUCCAGAACAUGUACCAGUUGCAGUACUUGAAAUGGAGUUUGGAGUCCGCAUCGGCCUUUCAACGCAUGCUCAUCUGCCCAGAGAUGAUCAUCGAGCCUCCCGUUCCCUGGUAUCCGGUGGAGAACUUGCCGUUCGUUCCCAAGACAACCGACUCGCUCGCGGAGGUUCCUGCGCUGGCUCCUAUCUUCUGUCCCCGCGCUGUCGAUGCAGCAAAGGCUAAUGAGGUCGCUAGGUCGAUCAUUGUCAACCCGUGCUUGCAACCUCCCGAGUUAAUCCCGGACUGGCAAGAUCGCUAUCUCACGGGAGCAGUGCCUGGGGAUUCGGCUGCGGCUGCGUCGACAGUAGGAAGCGGUGUCGAUGAUUCAAGUACUCCCGCUCCUCCACCAGCAGCUCGCUCGUCUCUUCCCCCUGAAGAAGAGAAGGUGAGCAGCAGUGACACGUCUCUGGGCGUGCUUGCUGAAGCGGCUCGGCGACUGUCGUCUGAUUGA